AUGAAUCUACAAAUUCGGAACCUCGCAGCUCUUGACUUGUGCAAUGCGACUGCCAAUGGCUGGGUCAACCGUGUCGAAUCCCUGUUGAAUUCGGGCGUCGAUCCCAAUGCACGUUUUGAUGGCUCGGACUUUUCUGCCUUUCCUGAUCUGGUAGACGAUGCAGCUCCGGACGUGAAACCCAAACAGCCACCGCAGUUUGCAUGGGACACUACCGAAAUGCCCUCCUUACGCCGCGCUCCUCGUCAUGAAUAUGGGAUAGAGAUCCCCGAGGCUUGUGACUUGACCAAAACGGCGCGCCUCAUGAUGAUACUACUCAAGCAUGGUGCUGAUCCAUAUGCAUUAUUCCGUCAGCCUAUCACCGGCCAUAAGUUUUUUUGUGUCCCCGUUGGAGAUAAUAUGGAUUCAGAAUAUGAUGAUGUGGAGGCGGAGGUAGACCUUGAAUGGAUGAAGAUUGCUCGUUCCGGUAUCAUCACCCAGGGGCUUCGGACAGAGUACGAGCGACUCGGGCUGCUAGGGGGAAGACAAGAGAUUGGGUUAGGCGGCAGAGUGCGUGGCUACGGAUUCGAUGCUGGAUGCGAAGAAUAUAUUGAAUUUGAGCCUCAAUUUCCGCAUAAGUAUGGGGUAUGCAGCGUUUUGCACUCUUUACUUGAAGAUGGUGCGUUUGUCCAACCAAUACUGGACUUUUUAGGAGACAGGUUAGAUAUGGAACGACGGGACCCACAAGGUCGCACGCUGUUUCUUGCAGCCUGUCGAAGUCGGCUUGGCUUGGACGGUGCCGUGGAUGGUGCCUUUAUAAACCUUUCUCAAUCAGGGGCCCUGCCGAAUCCUUACCCGCAGCCGAACAAUCCCUGGCAAGAGUCCCACCAUUUUACCUCUAUUUGCACCGGUCCUAGCCUACUGGAAUUCUUUAUAUCCCGCGGCGCAGAUCUCCUUGCUGUGGAUAACUACGGUCAAAACGCUCUUCAUCAUAUAUUUGCGUACAUUGAGCGCCACGACCAAGUCAUACCUCCUCUUAUCGAUACAUCGCUGAAGUACUUAGCCCAGAACUGUCCAAGUCUGCUCAAUCAGCCCGAUAUGGCCGGGUUCUGUCCUUUACAUUACGCGAUUCGGCGAAUGUGUCACUAUCCAUCCCAGGCCUUCUCAUAUCCUGGCGCUAUCUUCUACUUGGAAAGGGCUAUCUAUGACCUUCUUGCCGCUAAUGCAGACCCCCUUGUGUGUGAUAGGAGUGGGAACACACUUCUGCAUUAUCUUGCAGCAGGCAGGCUUGGUGAAGGUGACCGUGUGGGCGAUGAGCAGAGACGUCUGAUGCCGAUAUUCCUCGAGUGUGGAGUCGACCCAAACGCUCGUAAUGCUACAGGUGCUACUGCAUUAGAGAUGUUUUUUAGCACAAAGGAUGAGGUAAAGUUUGAGAGUGACACGCGCGAUUAUGAUCGUUUUUAUGCUAUUGGCCAGGAAGUUGUCAGUGCAUUUGAGUCAGCUGGCUAUAUAUUGAGAGCGACAAACGCUGCCAACGAGACCCUUUUACAUUUAGUAGCGAAACUUGAUUCGGAACGUGCGCAGUCGUGGUUCGAUCUCCUAAGAUCCAAGGGUCUCGAUUGUGAGGCGAAAGACAACAGCGGGACAACUCCCCUGGAUAGCGCAAGACACAAUAACUGUAUCAAGGUAUAG